AUGGAUGGGGGUAAUAGGAGGCCCAGCCGGGCCAAUGUAGCGUGGGCCGCGACGACUAAGGAUGGCGAUCUACCGGGAGGAAAUGAAAAUUCUCGCCCCGUAGCAACGCCGUCUGAUCGGUCUGCCCUGGGCACGGGAGGUUCCCCGGACGCCCUCGUCGGUCGGCUAUACGCUGGUCCCGGUCGACAACAGCGACUUGCCGAAAAUUCUCCGCCUCGGAAUACCUCCUUUGGGACUACCACAGUCCACAACCAGUAUCGUGAAGAUGUUGGCGAUGUUGGCGACAACGUGGCGUCUCCCGUCCGCGGUGUGUCGGGCCUCAUACGCUCUCGCGCAGCAGCGGCAACUGUGGCAACAAGCUUUGAUAGCGAUUCGCUGGCGGAGCAACAACAGUCUGAUGCCUUAGUGCCAAGGCUAAUUCAUCACCAAUCCUCAGAGGCAUCGCCACCGGGAAACGGCGGUUGCUCUCAGCGGGAGGACGGCAUCAACAGCCCGCCUCGCAUCGGCGUGCGAAACCGACCAUCAGGUGGCAAUGCCACGAAAAGGAUGAGAAGCGCGGGGUCACGGCGUAGCAGUGGCGGCAGUGUAGCCGCAGCGCGGUAUCAGCCACAGAAGCAAGGGCCAUCAGCAGCACAUCAGCAGCAGCCGAGUGUUGGUGGUGGGAUGAUGCUUAGCCGGAGUCUAGGGGCUCUAGGGCAGGCAGGAGCUGGAAGAUCGACCCUUGCCAUAGUAAAUACGCGAGAUGACGGGGCGUCCUACCUCAGAAGCGAAAAGAUGUCUCCCAAAUCAUCCCUGCGGGCGGGAAGGGGCUUAUCUUCCAUACGGUCUUCUCCUGGUCGAGAACCUCUUAGAACAAGAGGAGAAGAAAAAGCAGAAGGACAGAUGGCACACUGCGGCGGUUUGAGGAGAAACGUAUCGCCGUCGUCACCGCUGCAGAGAUCAAAUGUGGCCGGUGUCGAGCUCGGGGGACGGCCCACGGGGAAAAACACCGUUUUCCUUGAUGACGACGGUGACUUAGAGCCUGCUGUGCCGGAGGAGACGUUUCUGGAAUCACUACAUCUUGACCGAGACCAACUAGCUGACUUUUCCAACAGCGAAGGUCAUUUCCUGUACCUUCGUCAGAAGCCCGGGACGGACGCUACGGCGUACAACUUGGAGACUAACACCUCCUGGAACCGGAUGGGUUUCUUCUUGAAUUUCUGUCCCUCUCCAAAGGUAACAAGUAGCUUCGACCGACAAGCGCCACCGACGGCCGGCGCCCACGCGCAAGGCGGCGAGGGAAAGGGGCAGUCCCCGCCAAGAGGAGGCGGGAACGUUGGGGCCCACCAUGGACGGGGGGCGCAGGGGCAGGGGCAGGGGCACGACUACUACACGCUCAGCCGGGCUGGGAUAACCCACCUGAAAGAUUCGUCGAGCGAAUUCACGGCGCUGGACCGAUGGGAACGGGAAUACGUGCUAUUCCACCAAAUCAGAAGCAUGUACGUGUCACUUCCUUUGAAGAAAUACAACUCGACGUGCCGCACAUGCACCAAACAACUGAAACAAAAAACCCAAAGGAUAUCGUUCUUCGAGCUGUACCGGCGCUGGAAGAGCUUCGCCGUGUGGAAGAGAACCGUGAGGGCCUUUAAGUUCUCGCAGGCGUCUUCGGCCCUGAGGACCGGGCUGUUCGCUUUUGUGCCCCCGCUGAGGCUGGCCAUUGCCGAGAUAAGGAAGGAGUGCGUCUACGUGGAAACCCGGAGGCUGUUCGCGGUGGGACAGGGGGAGACCAUCACCCUUGAGGCCUUCCUGGAGCGCCAACGAACAAAUCAGCAAGAAAUGGCGCAGCUACUCCAAGAGUUUUCGGAGAAAAUUCUCGAGGUCGCUCACGCGUCUCUUGACGAGGUGGUGGACGGCUUCCUGCGGACGAACGGCAUUGUGGCUGACCAUCGCAUGACCUUCAUGGAGCGCACGAGCUUGCGGUCCGAGUGCCGCCGUCUGACGCAGUUCCUCCGCCUGGUAGACUUUGUCGUGGUGGACACGCUAAGGGACCUGGCGCUGAGACAACUUCCUGUCCUGGCGACCGCUUCUUCUUGUCUCUCGUGUUCCCACCGUAAGGUGCUGGGCUCGGUCGCCGAGGCCGCGAGACUUGUCGCCACCAGAAACAUCAAGAUCAUCCACGCCCUGCCGGGCGCCGAAAUCGCUCUCCCUGCCGCAACCAGCGCGGUAGGGGCAGGGGGGGUAGUUGGCGGCUCGGAAGGGUUUGAUCGUGGUGCUUCUGGUGCAGGGGGUGCGGGUGGCGGUCCUGGCGGUGGGGGCGGUCGCAAGGCAGCAGGAGAGUCGGCGGGGGAUCAAGUGCCCUUAUUUAGGCGUCCUGGCGGCAUCCAUCGAGGUGAUCGGGAUCCCGAAGCGUGUCCUGACGAGCCCCGACCUAGCCGCGUGGGAGUGCAGGACAUGGUCCGUCGGGAUGAACGGUUUGACCACAUAACCGGCAAGAUUUUCAAGGGGCUUCAAUCGGCGUUCGAGCAGGUGAAGGAGUACAUCCAAGUGUUCGAACCGUACAGAGAGACCUUCAUGGCCAACAACGAGCACAUGACCAGGGUCAAGCAGGCGUAUGCCAACAGCUCCCUGGAGGAGUUCCACAAGGACAUCGACAAAUACCGCGGCAUGACAGAGGAGUUCGAGGCAAUACCUGCGAGAGCCACGGUGGGGAUCAUGGAGGUGGACAGUGAACACAUGCGGAUGCGGCUCAUGCCAAGCCCGGUGCAGUGCCUCAACGCAAUCAGGGAACUUAUACCAGAACUGAUGGAGGUGGGGAGCGGGGCGCUCCUGGAUGAGCUGGACGCGAUCAUCCCCCACAUCGCGGGGGGCAGCGCCAGCGUGGAAGACUUCGUGGCGAAGAAGAAGGCCGUCGCCGUGGCACACCAGGACAAUCCCGGACAUGUCGAGGAAAGGCGCUGCGGGAAUGAUGUGUUGAUAUUUAACAAGAGUAUUGAAGAACAAACGGCCCGCCAACGGCUGAGGGACAUGGCGGCCAUGAUGAAGGAGUAUGGCUGGAGGGUGCCGGAGGCACAGAGGGCGAAUCUCAUCAUGGUGGAGGAGAACAUGACCGCGCUAGAAAACGGCGUCCAGGUGGCGGAAUCGAUGGAAGAGGAGGAAACUCGCCGCUUCGCGGAGACCAUUCGAGAAGAGGUUCCAAAGCUGGCGAAGAAGAUAGCGCAGGUGCGGGAGCGGCUGGACAACAGUCUGGUGGCGAGCAUGGAUACCGAGGCGGAGAAGGUGCUGCAGUUCCUCGGCCAGGAGGAGGAUAUGCUCAACCAGCACAAGGACCGCUGCACCAAGCUGAUGGAGUACCAGACACUGCUGGCGCAACCCGUGGACGAGAUCGACACCCUCGACGAGGUUGUCUCGGACCUCACCCUCAAGAAACGUCUGUGGACCGGAGUGAAGGCGUGGAAGGAGCUCACCGAAACAUGGCUGCUGACCCCCUUCACAGAGAUCGAUGCUAGCAUCCUGGAGAAGCACGUGACGUUGUACCAGAGGACGUGCCACCAGGCCGUGAAGGGACUCCCUUCCAACCCCGUCGCGAAGAGACUGAAGGCGAGCAGCCUCUUGUCGUUCAUGGAUGAUGUGGACAACUUCAGCCCCGUCCUUCCCGUGGUAGUCAACCUCCGCAACCAGGGUCUCCAGGGAAGGCAUUGGGACCAGAUCCACGAGCUCAUCGGCUUCGAGAUCAAGGGAAGACCCGAGAUAACGCUGGGCGAGCUGAUCGACAAGAAGGUGACCGCCUUCCACGAGGAGAUCACGAGCGUGGCGACCUCCGCGGUGCAGGAAGGCGUGCUGGAAGAGAUGAUGGAGAAGGUGUCGGCUAUGUGGGCCAAGACAGAGUUUGAGGUGAAAAACUACAAGGAAAUCAAGGACUUGUACAUCCUGGGCGACACUUCGGAGGUGGUGGCGAACCUCGAUGACUCCCUGGUUACCAUCAACACGGUCCUGAGCAGCAGAUACGUCGGCGGUAUUCGAGGCAUGGUGGACGAGUGGCGCGGCAAGCUGGUCACGCUUCAGGAAACGCUGGACGAGUGGCAGGCCUGCCAGCGGACAUGGAUGUACCUCGAGUCCAUAUUCGGCUCGCCCGACAUCGUCCGACAGCUCCCGGCCGCGGCCAAGAUGUUCCAGGCGGUGGACAAGUCCUGGCGCUACAUCAUGGUCGCCACUGCGGACGAACCGUUGGCUAUCAAGCAGGGCCUGGUGAAGGACCGCAAAGAUACCUUUGCCUCGCACAACACUGCGCUGGACAAGAUACAGAAGAGUUUGGAGGAGUACCUCGAGACCAAGAGGGCCGCAUUCCCAAGAUUCUAUUUCCUUUCCAAUGACGAGCUGCUGGAAAUCCUGUCGCAGGCGAAGGACCCUCAGGCGGUGCAGCCUCACCUAAGGAAAUGCUUCGACAACCUCGUGGGACUGACCUUUGGAGACGAGCCAGGCUCGAUCGACAUCCAUGCCAUGAUAUCCUCGGAGGGGGAGAAGGUCCCCCUUGGAAAAAACCUCAAGGCCAGGGGUUACGUCGAGGACUGGCUCAGCCAGGUUGAAGCGCGAAUGAAGACGUCUCUCCAUGGGUUCAUGAAGGCCGGGCUGCUGGACUACGACACCAAGGCCCGAGAGCAAUGGGUGGGCUGUCACCCUGGGCAGGUGGUUGCGACCGUCGCGCAAAUGACGUGGGCUAGGGGCACAGAAAACGCUCUGCGCUCGGAGAACUCCGUCACUGAAAUGAAAGAGUGGUUUGAUAUCUAUGUCAUCGAGCUGACCAAGCUUAUCGUACGCAUCCGCGGCAACCUGAGCAAGCUGGAGAGGAAGGUCAUCGUAGCCCUGGUUACGACGGACGUGCACGCGAGAGAUAUCAUUGAUGAGCUUUAUGAGAAUAAGGCCAUUGGCAUCCUAUGUGUGGUGUUCAACUGCUCGGAUCAAAUCGACUACAAGAUGAUGGGCAAGCUCUUCAGAGGCCUAGCUCAGGGGGGCUCAUGGGUGUGCCUCGACGAGUUCAACCGUAUCGAUAUCGAGGUGCUUUCGGUGAUCGCCCAACAGCUUCUAGUCCUUCGUGAAGGACGGUUGAUGGGAAAGCCAAACAUCAACUUCAUGGGCGUACAGAUCGCCCUAAAGGACCACCACGUGAUUAUCACCAUGAACCCUGGCUACGCAGGGCGAACCGAGCUACCUGAUAACCUAGCGGUGUGCUUCCGUCCCGUGGCGAUGAUGGUACCGAACUAUGCUCUGAUUGCCGAGAUCAUGCUCUUUGCCGAGGGCUUCGCCGACGCCAAGACUCUGUCCCGGAAGAUGUGCAAACUCUACAUCUUGUGCUCCGAGCAGCUCAGUCAGCAGCCUCACUACGAUUACGGCCUUCGGGCGGUAAAGUCGGUGUUGGUGAUGGCGGGAUCACUAAAGAGAGGCUAUCCCGACGUCGACGAAGACUUGACCCUCAUCCGCGCGCUGGUCGACUCCAAUGUGCCCAAGUUCCUUGCGGACGACCUUCCCCUCUUCGCGGCAAUCGUCAAGGAUCUAUUCCCCGGGCUGGAAGUACCUUCGAAUGACUAUGGCGAAUUCAGCGUUGCGCUUGAGGAGCAGCUCGACAAGCAUGGCCUUCAAAAGGUGCCACUGUUCAUGGGGAAGAUCAUCCAAAUGUUCGACGUCUUCAACAUCCGCUUCGGUGCGACACUUGUGGGUCCCACGGGAGCGGGCAAGACCACCUGCUACAGGAUGCUCGCAGCCGUGAUGACGGACCUGAGGAAUAAGGGCUCCGUUAACCCAGAGUUCCAGGUAGUCAAGUACGAGGUGCUGAACCCAAAGUGCAUCACGAUGGGAGAGCUCUACGGAGAGUUCAGUGAACUCACGCAGGAGUGGCACGACGGCCUCGCGUCCACCAUCAUGCGUAGAGCCGUGGCUGAUGAAGGGGAUCACAGGAGAUGGACGGUGUUCGACGGCCCUAUCGACGCGCUGUGGAUCGAGAACAUGAACACUGUACUCGAUGACAACAUGACGCUCUGUCUUGCCAACGGCGAGCGCAUCAAGCUCAUGGUGCGCGUGGCGCAGUUGAUCGAGAUGAAAAUGCUCUUCGAAGUGAUGGACCUUGCCGUGGCCUCACCCGCUACGGUUAGCCGCAUCGGCGUGAUUUACAUGACGCCGUCCAACCUCGGAUGGAUGCCAUACGUGCAGAGCUGGCACCUGCUUCACCUGUUCGAGGUGUGCGUGCAGAAGGGCCUCGAUUUCCAGAGAAAGCGAUGCAAGGAACCCGUCUCCUGCGUCGACAUCCAGCUCGCCACUUCCUUGUCGUUCAUCUUCCAGUCGUUAAUCGUCAAGGCGGACUCCACCUUUUCACUCCCGGAGGCGGAGCUCAACGCUUUCGUGGACAAGUUGUUUGCCUUCAGCUACGUAUGGUCCAUUGCCGGGAGCGUUCAAGGGGAAGGAUGGGAGAGAAUGGAGGAUUUCUGCCGGGAGCUGUUCGAGGCGGAGGGCCUCCAGCUCAAGGCCCCUCCGGCCCUAACCCUUUUCGAGGUCUACGUCGACCCGGUCUCCAAGGAGUUCCGACCCUGGAAGGAUGUCGUGAAACCGUUCUCCUACGACCCCACCGCCUCGUACUUCGAGAUGAUGGUGCCGACGGUGGACACGACGAGGUUCAGCAACAUUUUCAGCGCGUUGAUCACACAGAAUAAGCCUGUUUUCGUGACGGGGAUGACGGGAACCGGUAAGACGGUGACGGUGCAGAGCCUCUUGAGCACGCUGGAGCCCCCACCGGAAGACGGCGGCCAGAACGUGGUGCCGAUGACGGUUAAUUUCUCGGCGCAGACAUCUUCCCUGGUCACUCAGGCAUCCAUCGAGGGGAAGCUGGAGAAGAAGCGGAAGAAUCUUCUCGGUGCCCCUGCGGGAAAAAAGGUGGUGAUUUUCGUGGACGAUGUAAACAUGCCCGUCGUCGAGGAAUACGGAGCACAGGCACCGAUCGAGCUCCUCCGCCAGUUCCUUGACUUCAAGGGUUUCUACGACCGCGACAAGCUGUUCUGGAAGGAGAUAACGGACACGAUGCUCAUCACCGGGGCCGCUCCCCCCGGCGGAGGGCGCAGCGAAGUAACCCCGCGCUUCGUGCGGCAUUUCAACGUGUUCUGCGUCCCGCAGGCCUCGACAACAGCCAUGCAGCUGAUAUUUUCUUCCAUGCUCAAGGGCUUCCUCGGGGCCAAGUUCGACACAGAAAUCAAGAAUAGAGCCGAUGGGAUCGUCCAUGCAACGAUAGAGGUGUACGAGCGCAUUUCGAGGGAGCUGCUGCCGACGCCUGCAAGGUUUGUCACCGCCCUGGCAGAAAAGCAGUCGGAGAAGUUCCACUACACGUUCAACCUGCGAGACAUAUCCAAGGUGUUCCAGGGCUUCCUGAUGAUAACCGCACCCCGCUGCACCACCGUCGAGACGGCUGUGAGGUUGUGGGCGCACGAGUGUUCGAGAGUGUUCUACGAUCGUCUUAUCAAUCGGGAGGAUCAGCAAUGGUUCGAGGAUUUAAUUGUUGAGCUGCUUCCGCGUUAUCUCAAGGUGUCAUGGUCGAAAGAGGAUAUUUUUGACGAAGGCUCCCCGCUCAUCUUCUGCGACUUCCUCAAGCCCGGCGCUGAGAAACGGCUAUACGAGGAAUCAAGAGACAUGGGGAAAAUGCAGCAGAUACUGAACGACAGCCUGGACGAGUACAACGUGACGUUCGCGAACCAGAUGAACAUCGUCUUCUUCGCCGACGCCGUGGUGCACGUGACGAGGAUCGGCCGCGUCCUGAGGCAGCCCCGCGGCAACGCCAUGCUCGUCGGGGUGGGCGGCAGCGGCAAGCAGAGCCUGACCAGGGUCGCUUCCUUUGUGGCCGGGUACGAGUGCGUGCAAAUCGAGAUCAAUCGGGGGUACGGCCUCAUGGAGUUCCGCGAGGACAUCAAGAAACUCAUGAUCAAGACGGGCGUGGAGGGUAAGAACGUGGCCUUCCUCUUUACCGACACCCAGAUCGUGGUGGAGACCAUGCUGGAGGACCUCAAUAACGUGCUCAACUCGGGCGAGAUUCCGAACCUCUUCCCGCAGGACGAGCAGGAUAAAGUCGCGGCCGACAUGAUUCCCGUUUGCAAAGAGCUCGGUAUCUCGGAGGCCCGCGACACCUGCCUCGCCACCUUCGUCACCCGCGUGCGGGAAAACCUUCACGUUGUCCUCUGCGUGUCUCCCGUGGGGGAUGCUCUUCGGGUCCGCUGCCGCAAUUUUCCGUCCCUCAUCAACUGCACCACCAUCGACUGGUUCUUCCCGUGGCCGGAGGCGGCCCUCGUAAGCGUGGCCGAGAGGUUUAUCGAGGGCGUUCCCCUCCCUUCCGACGAGGUACGCGCCGGGUUGAUCCGCAUGUGCGGGGUGGUUCACACGUCCAUCAAGGUCUUCGCCGACAAGUUCUACGAUGAGCUCGUUCGACGGGUGUACACCACGCCCAAGUCGUACCUCGACCUCAUCAACAGCUACACCACCAAGCUGGGCGUGCUUCAGGGUGCCGUGGAAACCAAGGCCCAGCAGAUGGAGUUAAUAUCUGGUUCUGACGAAGCCUUUAUCAUGUCCGCUGAAUCCAACGACCACCACAUGCAUCGAGACAAGGUCGGCGUGACCAAGUUAAACGAGACGAACGCGAUGGUGGAGGGGCUAAAGGGAGACCUGACCAAGCUGGAGCCUGUCCUCGAGCAGGCCUCCAAAGACGCCGAGAAACUGCUCAAGCAGGUCGAGAUCGACAAGGCCGAUGCCGCCAAAGUCAAAGACAAGGAUGUGACGGCACACACCAUGAACGAACCCUCACUCUUCCAACCCUCCCCUCCCCGAACAAACAAGGUCGGCAAAGAAGAAGCGGAGGUGGGAAUCCAAGCCGCCGAGGUGAAGGCGGUCCAGGCAGACGCGCAGGCCGACCUUGACGUGGCCCUUCCCGCGCUAGAGGCGGCCCUCAAGGCGCUGGACAGCCUUACCAAGAACGACAUCACGGAGGUCAAAGGGUUCGCCAAGCCACCCCCGGCGGUGCAGAUCGUCAUGGAGGCAGUAUGCAUCUUGCUCGAGGUGGGUGAUGAGAAGCUCAUGACCGAGGCACAGCUCUUGUUCGCGAAAAUCGACAUGUUACCUACAGCCGUGUUCCCUUCUAUUUUGAUCGAUACCAGCUUCAUGGACAAGCUCAAGAACUACGACAAGGACAACAUCAGCCCGACGAUACUGAAGAAGAUCAAGCCGUACGUGGAAAAUCCCAACAUGGCGAUCGACGUGGUCACCAAGGUGUCAAAGGCUGCCUCAGGGCUGUGCAUGUUCGUCCACGCCAUGGACGUGUACUCCAAGACGUCACCCCUUCCCCCCCUCGGCCUGCUCCCCGACCGGGGCCGAAAUCGACCUAGUGAGUCCCUCGCGGGCGAACCAGGCCACAACAGAUAGUAGGCGGGUGGUGUCCCAAGGUGCAACUCACCGCCGCGCUGGCUCAGCGUGGCGGUGAGGAUGCACAGACGGUGGUAGUGGCGAGAGGUGCAUGGACACUGUUCCCGCGGCAGUAAUGCAAAGCGGCAAACUGCACCUGGCAACCACCGUCGCGGAAAGCGUGGCCCACGAAGCUGGAGGAGUAGAGAGAUUCGUAAACACCACGUCAGUAAGCACCGCUCGCGGGAGAAGGGAGACAACCGCGGGCACCGCGGGGAGGGAGUGCUGCACCCUCCUCGUCAAAACACCACAGGCAAGAACCGAGCUCUGCAGAG